AUGUCGCUCCUCCGUAACCUACGUUUAUUGAUGCCUCUUAAUGGUAGCCACCGAUGGAUGACAACAGCAAAACCAAGCAUUCCGGAAAGAAAGAAGAUUGUGCUUGAUGACAAGGAAUUGAUCGAGACGUUUGUAAAGGGAUCUGGACCAGGGGGACAAUGCAUUAACAAGCGUCAAACCAUGGCAAAGUCCAACAUUUUUUCUUCUUCUAUGCUUCUUCAGUGUCAGCAGACAAGAUCGUUGCAGGAAAACCGUGGUAUUGCACGCAAAUUAAUGAGAGAGAAGUUAGAUGAUCUUUUUAACGGAACUUUGAGCAAAAAUGCCCAAAAGGCAGCAAAAGUAUCCAAACAAAAGGCUCGAAGUGCUCGUCGAUCGAAAAAGAAGUAUGCAAAAUCUGAAGAAACUUUGGCGCCUGAAGAGACGAUUGAAUCGAAGUCCAUGCCUGAAUAA